GUUGACGUGUUUGUGUGGUGCUUGUGGACUGGUGGAUUUGAGGAAUUUUAAAAUGAAAAUUUUAACUUUUUGCUUUUUUGCAAUUAUUUCUUCCAUUGCUGCCCAAGGGCCAACUCUAGUGCUACUAGAUAAUCAAGUAAUUAAAGAAACUCAUUCAAUUUUCUUCAAAUCCCUGCAAGAAAGGGGAUAUUCCCUGACUUUCAAAAUCGCCGAUGAUUCCUCAUUGGUUCUGUCAAGGUAUGGUGAAUACUUGUACAAAAACUUGAUCAUCUUUGCACCCACUGUUGAAGAAUUUGGUGGUAGCCUCAAUGUAGAAUCCAUAACUGAAUUCAUUGAUGAAGGCGGAAAUGUUCUUGUUGCUGGAAGCAGCAUUACAGGAGAUGUGCUGAGGGAAUUGGCAUCUGAGUGUGGUUUUGAGGUUGAUGAGGAAAAUGCCUUUGUAAUUGACCACCUCAACUUUGAUGUAUCUGAUGAAGGUCAGCACACAAAGAUUGUUGUUCCCUCUGCUAACCUCAUUGAUGCUCCUGUUAUUGUGGGACCAAGAAAGGGAGUGGCUCCAUUAUUAUACCAAGGAACUGGCAUAUUGGCUGAUCCAGAGAAUCCCUUGGUGUUGCCUCUGUUGACUGCUGACAGUACAGCAUAUAGUUACAAUCCAAAUCAGCCCAUCAAAGAGUAUCCUCAUGCUGUUGGAAAAGACACAAUUCUCAUUGCUGGAUUGCAAGCAAGAAAUAAUGCCAGAGUUGUCUUCAGUGGAUCAUUAUCAUUUUUCUCUGAUGAAUUCUUCACUGCAUUUAUACAAAGAUCACUUGGUGGAUUGAAAGCUCCAGUAUCUGGAAACCAGGAUGUUGCCAUUGCCAUUAGCCAAUGGGUGUUUAAAGAACAUGGCCAGUUGAGGGUGAGAUCAGUGAAGCAUCACAAAGAAGGUGAAAAAGCUGCUCCCAAAGAUUAUACUAUCAUGGAACAUGUGGUAUACACCAUCGAGAUCGACAUCCUCACGAACGGCCAAUGGAAGCCGUUCACCGCCGACGACGUCCAGCUAGAGUUCGUGCGGAUCGAUCCGUUCGUCCGCACCACCCUCAAGAGGAAUCCCUCAGGGCAGUACGAGGCGCGCUUCCGCAUCCCUGACGUGUACGGCGUCUACCAGUUCAAGGUCGACUACGACAGGGUGGGGUACACUCGGCUGCACAACACCACCCAGGUAUCCGUGCGACCAUUAGAGCACACUCAGUAUGAGAGAUUCAUAACUAGCGCGUAUCCCUACUACACUGGGGCGUUUUCCAUGAUGCUAGGUGUUUUUCUCUUCUCCUUUGUGUUCCUUCAUUUGAAGGAAGAUGAGAAAAAAUCGAAGAAUGAAUAAAAGAGAAAUUGCCCCUUGUGAAAGGUAUUGUGCAUCAUUUCUAUUUAUAUAUCAAAUAAAUGUUUGAAGUUUAAGUUCUCUUACCC